GAUAAAAAUAUUUCGAAAGCAGGCCUGUGGCCCCCCCUGAGUAGCCCACUUGUCACAAGACAUGAGUGUUUUUAGGAAAUGUGUCUGAGGUAAGGUGAUGGUAACAAAUUUCGUGCAAUGCUUUUAAGUUAUUGUAUGGUUUUCGCAGGGUUUAUCGUCACCCUGGCGAAAACCGAAAUUGCAAAGCCAUGGUAUGAAACCCUACCAGCGGUAGCAAUGGAUUAUAAAGUUCACAUCGACCCGGGAAAAGAAGAUUGCUACUUUCAAUAUGUGAAUCCCGGUGCCACUUUCUACGUUAGCUUCCAGGUUCUUCGAGGAGGAGAUGGAAAAGCAGGCUUCGCCGUAAGAAACCCCACAGGAGAAAUAGUUCAUCCUUAUCAAUGGAAAGCCAAUGCGGAUUAUCAGGAUCAAUCAACAGCUGGUGGUUACUACAGUGUUUGCAUCGACAAUCAGUUCUCACGAUUUGCUGGCAAGCUCGUAAAUUUGUACAUCACCGUGAUUAGAUACGAUCAAUGGGAAAAGUUCACAAAGGAACUUGAAGAGAUGAAUCUGUCAGUGGAGAAUUUCACCAACACUAUCAUGAACGUAGAGAAGAACAUUAACGAAAUGUUGCAGACUCAGCAUAUAAGUCGAGGUCGUGAAGCAAGAGACUUGAAUUUACUAAUCGACAAUAACGCGUACGUUCAAAACUGGUCUGUCGCACAAUUGAUUGUAAUCACUGCAACUACAGUUUUACAGGUUUACUUUGUGAGAAAACUAUUCGAAGAAAGGCCCUCCGGAUAUUCGCGAGUGCGAAUAUAAUUUUCACGCGGAUUGUUUUAAUUUUGAGUCAUUUUCAAUGGACCAUUUUUUGUAUCACCUCAACGCCUUUACUAGGUUUUGUGAUAUGUUCUUUAUAUUUAAUGAGAUUAAAAAGAUCAAAGAGAUCAUGAAAUACUAAGGAAAGACUACUGGGUUUCCAAAAAUAUCAAUUUACAAUCGGGCAUCUAAAUUAAAAUUGCAGCCAAUACAAAAUGAGAAUUAAAACUUUAGACUAAAAAUUGCAGUUGAAAAGACAGUACAAGUUUCUUGAGUCUAAAACAAGUCCAGUAAUCUUUUUUUAAGUUGAUUGGGGUACUUAAUACAAUUUCGUUGACGAAUUAUUUGACUGAGUUCCAGCAUGAUUUGCGUAUCUCAUUCCAUUUUCUUUUAAGGCUGACUACACACACACACACAAUUUUGUCAAAUAUUCCUGCUUUUGUGCGAAUGGAGGUAUGAAACCUUUUUUCAUACAUUGAGUCUAUAUUUCUAGAAAGAGAAGUACAUAUAUAUUACGGAACAGCUUGGGUGUAUUUAUAAAUAAAGCGUGUUUAUACAAGGAAAAUAAUAAA